GACGCUGAACGGGAUCGCUGCCUUGAACUUUGGAUGUAGAAGCUGAGGGAGUGUGAAGAGUUCUCUGGGUGGGAUGAUGAAAAAAAACAUCACAUUGUGAUGCGAAUGUGACGUCAUCCCCGUGGAUCAAACGCACGCGCUCUCCUGUGAUCUCGUCGCAUAUGACAGAGAUGCCGAAGACGGCAGGUCAGGGACGAAACAGAAAGUUCCCGAGCCGCUCUGAUGGUUCCUCCGUGAAUUCAGCGGAUAUCGAACCAAACCAAACCGACUUCCGGGGCCGCGCCGGCGGCGACGAACUGCCCGAGGUCGACGACAUGUACCAGCUCCCCACACUGUUCAGUCUCAUCACUCAGAGAUACGAAGGAGAAACCUGCGAAGGGCAGCUUCAUGGAAAUGGUGUCGCUAGUUUUGAAGGAGGCCACACAUACAAGGGUGUGUUCGCCAAGGGACUUAUGAAUGGACCUGGUGUCUUCACAUGGGCUGAUGGGUUGAGAUAUGAGGGAGAUUUUGUGUGCAAUAUUCCCAUGGGCCAGGGGGCCUACACCUGGCCAAACGGCAGCUCCUACAAGGGAGAAGUCUACAACGGUAUACGACAUGGGACGGGAUCUUACAAAUGUGCCAACAGUGGUGUGUUAUACAGAGGGCAGUGGGACCAGGGCAAGAGGCACGGAAAGGGUGAAGUGUAUUAUAACCAGGGCGAGAGCUCUUGGUACAAAGGCGACUGGGUGAAGAACAGCAGAGAGGGAUUCGGAGAGAGAUGCUACCCUUCUGGUAACAUUUACUCUGGUGAGUGGAAGAACAGCCUGAGGCAUGGAGAGGGCACCAUGAGGUGGCUGAAGCUGGGAGAGGAGUAUGUUGGGAUGUGGCAGGAGGGGAUCCAGCACGGGCGAGGAACACAUGUCUGGAUCCUGAGGCGGGUCGAUGGGUCCCAGUAUUCCCAGAGUAAUCGGUACACAGGGGAUUUUGUUCAGGGUCAGCGGCACGGACAGGGGACGUUUUUCUACGCCGGUGGUGCAACCUAUGAAGGGGAAUGGAAGAACAAUAAAAAGCAUGGAGAGGGAAAGUUCACUUUUAAGGAUGGGCAUGUUUUUGAAGGAGAGUUUGUGGACGAUCAGAUGAAGACACCCAGCUUGAAUGGAAACAUAGCGCCCACUCCUCUGUGUGGUGCAGGUGUUGCAGGCAGUGAUUCAGACAUGCCCCUGAAUAUUGAAUGUCUUCUGGAUAAAUUCCCCCAGAGAAAGCGUAACACUGAGCGCAAACAGGUGGAGUUUGUGGUCAUGAGGAAAGACACAGAGCUGCGGUCAAUCUACAGUUUCUACAGCAGACUCGGUUAUGACCACUCCCCAGACAACACCUACCUGCUCUCCCACCUGCUGCUCUGGCGCCUGCUCAAAGACUGUAACAUCCACCAUCAUGACAUCACCCUGACCCAGAUAGCCCGUUUAAUCAAAGAGAAUUCCACCACACAGAUCCACUCUCCUUUUACCCCCAUGCCACUUGGAGGGCUCCUCAGAUGUCUAGUGAUCGUGGCCUACCACAUCUACAAUAGAGACAUGGCGUCAAAUAAGUACCUUCUGGCUGCGUGCUUAUCCAAACUGAUGACAGACGACGUCCUUCCCAAUGCCAAGAAUGUAAAAGGCUUCCUGUUUGGACAACCAGACCUUUCAGUUGUGGCUAUGAAGUACACAAGCAGGUGCUGGGAAGUGUAUCAGGCUUACUCUGCGGUCCACGCGGCCCCCAGUGAAGACCAGACCAUGACCUGCAGGCACCUGCUGUGGAUGUUCAAGGAUCUCCGCCUGUUGGACAAUAAGCUGACCACAGUGAGGUUACUGAAGAUCAUCACCGCAGACAGCCGUGACCCCAACAACCUGUUGUCCUGCCUGAACCUGGAGAUUACAUUCCUGGAGUUCUUUGAGGUACUUCUUUGUUGUGCUGAAGUGAAGUGUCAGCAGGUCUCCAAAAGCCCAGAGGAGUCGCACUCCCUGUCCAGAUCUGAUGACGAGGCCGGAGAUCUUUCUGAGGCGGAGGACAGCGAGAAAAUCUUACAGACUGCAAGCAGCCUUGGCCAAUCGAUGGCGGAAUGCAGUGACACAGCAGAGUUAUCCCCGGCUCAGGACAUCUUGGAGAGUCAACAAGAGUUCAAGACUGAAGUCAAUGAGCGUCAUCAAUCUGCAGGGGAAACCAGGGGAAUUGAGGCCAAACAGGAGACAAUUCAUCAGUUCUUCAACCACUUUUUCUUCCCUGCGUUUGAGCAUCACCAGUUAGUGACUGAAAACACGACUGAGGAUAAGCAUCCCUCUAACUGAGGCCCAACAAGGAGCCAGGUUGUCUGCAUACAUUUGUUUUUGUUGGGUCAGUUGACACUAUGAAGUCAAUUAAUGGGUAAAUGUAUUUGUUUUAUACAUAAUAAAUCAUGAGAUUUAA